AUGAGUGAUCGAGGACGUAACGAUGGUGAUGUAAAGAGGAAUAGUGUGAGCAGUGGGAGACCAGGAAGUGGCAGUAAUGCAAGUCCACGUAAUGCAAUUAAGGAGGAGCGGGUAGAGAGGAACGAGCGUGAUCGUACUGGCAGAACAUCUUCCAAUGAAAGGCAUCAUCACCGAUCAAGCGAAUACCAAUAUAGUAAUUCGUCGAGCAAUAUGGGAGGCCCAUCUGGUGGACAACCAAAUCGUGGGAUGGGGAUGGGACCAGGUGGUGGUGGUGGUCGAGGACCAAUGAAUAUGAUGUCUUCGAUGAAUGUUCUUUCUGGGCAAGCGUUCAGUGAAACCGAUCUGAUGAGUGAUUUGCCAAAAAAGAAGUUCACUGGUCGAUGCCGUUUAUUUGUUGGUAAUUUGCCAAAUGAUUUGAAAGAGCAGGAGCUGAAGGAACUCUUCGCACCUCAUGGUGAUAUCGCAGAAUGCUAUUUGAGUGGCAAAGGAUUUGCAUUUUUACGACUGGAUACACGAGCUCAUGCAGAAAGUGCUAAAGAAGCUAUUGACGGCAAAAUAAUACAUGGUCGUCCAGUUCGUGUACGAUUUGCAGUCCAUGGUGCAGCGUUGAGAGUAAAGGAACUUUCACCAACUGUAUCGAACGAAAUGCUUUAUCAUGCGUUUUCGGCAUUUGGUGAAGUAGAACGAGCAGUUCAUAUAGUUGAUGAAAAGGGCAAACCAACCGGCGAAGGAAUAGUGGAAUUCGAGCGUAAGCCAUCGGCUAAUGAGGCACUUCAUCAGAUACGAGAAAAAGUGUUCUUAUUGACAGCAAGUCCGAAGCCGUUAGUUGUUGAGAUGUUGGAACCGCGCGAUGAAGACGAUGGUCUCGCUGAACGCAUGAUACAACGCAGUGCAAUGCUUCAAAAAGCAACCGUGUUGAGUCCUGAUUGA